UGCUUGUUGUGUUUACGUCGCUUGUCCCUCAUUCGGCGAAUGAUGGCCUUGUUUUGUAGUGAUUUAAUUAUUUUUUAUAUAAACUUAAGGUGUAAGUAAGGUUAAAGUCAGCUUACAAAUUCCAAAUAGGUAGACUGGUUUUAAGAAUGAGCCGCCUCUUAACCUAUGUCUUCAGAUAAAGAUUCUUCGGGAUCCAGACCCUACCACAGAGGCUCCACCAACGGGUCGUAUCGACCGAGGAACCUCGGAGCUUUUGUCUUGAAGGAUUCACUGAAGUCACAUCAGGAAUCAGCCAAUGAAAAAAGGAAAGAAUUUGAGUCCUACACCAAGUCACAGAUUGGGAUACCUGUCCUGCAGAAGGCACCGAAGGGGCUAAGUCAGAAGGCAGUGACCCCAGUGGACAAGGAAAUGAAGGGUAAUGGCGGUUUCCCGAAGAGUCAUAACUUUCCCCACAAACGGAAAAACGUGUUGCGCACGAAAGUGGUCAAAAAGAAGAAAAGUCGAAGUAACAAAAAUACCCCAGAAAAGCUGAAUAUAGGGGCACACGGGCGUCGUAGUUCAGAGCCUCACCCUGGGUUCUUCAGAGACCACACGCCAGACUGUGCUCUUCACACGAACAGGACAUUUUGCUUCAUGGAUGAGACCUACCCAAGUGAUUUCAUGAAGCAACAACUGACGAUGUACGGGGAUAUACUGCAAAAGUUAUGGCGUCCAUAUUCACCGAUAUCAGUCCUGCCAAAGCCUCCCUCCACUUCUGCGUCCCACUCGAAGAAAGCUCGGAAACCUAGGGUCGAUUCCAAAGGACAUCCGAACAGCUCGGUCUCAGUCCGAGGAUACGAAGGAUACCCUUGUUCCUCUAAUAUGGAGCGAAGGACUCUCUCCCAGGCCAAAAAUACCAGGGGCCAAUGGAAGAUGAUAGUGAACGUGGAAGGCGUGAAGGUCGGUGAUCCUCAUCUUCUGCAGACGACGUCCCUCGAGGAGUGCACAGCCAUCGGUAGUUCCUGCAGCCUCCUGCCGAAGGGCCUGACGACCUCGCGCUGCGUCCAGCGGUACACAGUCCACAACCUCCUCACCUGGGACGCUCGCGCAGGAUUCUACGUGGACUCCUACGAGUUACCAACGGCGUGCGUCUGCUACGUCUCAAAGAUCAACGUUUCUCUCAUCAGCUCGUACAUUGGAGACUGGAAAAGGUUCCAGUAGUUUGAUAGAUAAUAGCCAUUGGAAAUACAACGUCAGUUCAAUACAGUGACAGAAGAGGGUACCACUGAAAAGGCAAUUUUUCUGAAAACCUUGCGGUGUUCAAAUUUCUUUUCAUAAACAUUGCAUUUAAUAGUUUUACGGCUUCAGGAGGUCGAACGCAUACGGUCAUUUAUUCAGUGGUUUUACUGACAUGGCCAGAAGGUGAUCUAUAGUGUUCAGUAUUAUUAUUAUCAUAUUAUAACCUUUAGUGGAGCAAGUCCACCACAGGGGCCAUUAACUUGAAAUUCAAGCUUCCAAAGAUAUUGGUGAUUAUAGGAAGAAGUAAGAGGAGGUAAAGGGAAAGACAUAAAAAGAAAAGAUGGCACUUAUUAGAAAAUUAAAAAAUAAAUAAUAAAUCGAUAAAAAUAUAUUAAAAUGCAACGAGAAGAGAAUUAGGGUAGUAAUGCAUUUCAUGUUCGCUUGAAGUUCUGAAGUUCCAUUUGCACGACAUCCUCGGGGGAGACUGAUCCACAGUCCAAAGGUCUGAGGAAUAAAGGACCUCUGGUACUGAGAAGUUUGGCAUUCAAUCACGGCCAAACGGCAGGUCCGAUGGGCAUGAAACUUGGCAGGGUUAGAGUGGGGACCCCUCAGAUAGUUUAUAAUGGGGUUUCAUCCUACUUCCCCCUCCCCCUUCCGAAGGAGGUGGGGGUGAGAAGGGAUUCCCUGAAACGGAGUUAGUUCUGCCCGUGAAACGGGGCUGGUUAUGCCCGUAGACUUAGUAACUUUAUGAAUUUAUCAUACAUAAUUUCUGUACACUUGUUUGCUAGUCCACUCAAAUUUGGCGUCUUUAGCAAGUCGGAUAGUUUUAAUG